UUUUCUGGAAAUUGAAAAUACUUAUAGAUGGUCUACAAGAAUUUAGAUUAUCUUUCCAAUUAAUUUUUUAGGUUUUGACAGAGGACGAAAUUGCUUGCAUAUACAAUAUCAGCAAACUUGUAAAGUCAUCAUGCAAAUAGCCUCUUCAUCAACAUCUUUUUCUUGUCGUCGGAAAUAUGAUGUCUUUCUAAGCUUUAGAGGUGAAGACACGCGGAAGAGCUUCAUAGAUCAUUUGUAUACUGCUUUCAAUCAGAAAGGAUUGCGUGUUUUUAGGGAUGACAAAGAACUUGAGAGAGGAAAACCCAUUUCGCCAGAGCUCCUUCAUGCAAUUGAAGAAUCAAGAUCUGCGGUUGUUGUUUUCUCAAAAAACUAUGCUUCUUCCACAUGGUGUUUAGAGGAACUUGUUCAAAUUUUUCAUUGCAAGAAUGUAAAAGUUUUUCCAGUUUUCUAUAACGUGGAUCCUUCAGUGGUUAGAAAACAAACAGGAGAAUUUCAAGAAGCCUUUGUCAAACAUGAAGAAACUUUUAGAGAGGAUAUUGGAAAGGUGCAAACUUGGAGAAAUGCUUUGACAGAGGUGGCCAAUCACUCUGGAUUUGACUUAAAGGAUGGGUAUGAGUCACAAUUUAUUCAGGACAUUCUGAAGGAAAUAUCAAGCAAAUUAUGUUUUUCAAAAUACACAAGUGUCGAGGGCCUAGUAGGCAUAGAUACACGUUUGGAGAAACUAAGGAAACUUAUCAGUCCUGAGUCACAUGAUGUUCGUAUGAUUGGGAUUUGGGGAAUGGGAGGAAUAGGCAAGACAACAAUUGCUACAAUUGCCUAUGAGUGGUUUUCUGAUGAAUAUGACGGUAGUAGUUUUUUGACUAAUGUUAGAGAAAAUUCCAAAAAAGAUGGUCUAGUUUCUUUACAAAAGAUGCUUCUUUCCGAAAUUCUAGAUAUGGAAAUAAAUGGCAUCAACGUACACAAUGAUGUUGAUGGAAUAAGGAUGAUAAAAAGUAGAUUGGGGUGUAAGAAGGUUUUUAUUGUUAUAGAUGAUGUGAACAAUCCAGAGCAAUUAGAAAAAUUAGCUGGCAAGCAUGAUUGGUUUGGUAAGGGCAGUAGGAUCAUAAUAACAUCAAGAACCAAAAAAUUGUUGACAUCCCAUGAAGUAGAUGAAGUUUAUGAGGCUAAGAAAUUAAAUGAUGUUGAAGCGCUCCAAUUCUUCAUUUCAAAAGCCUUUAAGAAAGAUCAACCUUCAAAAAGUUUGAGGGAGCUGUCCGAAUGUGUUGUAAAGUAUGCUGGUGGUCUCCCAUUAGCUCUUAAAGUUUUGGGUCACUCUUUGUGUGGAGAAGAAGUUGAUAUAUGGAAAGAUACAUUAGCAAAACUAAAAGAAUAUGGUGACGAAAAUAUACUGGACAUACUUCAAAUAAGUUUUGAUGGGCUAAAAGAUUCAGAGAAAAAAAUAUUUCUUGAUAUAGCAUGUUUUUUUAAAGGAAUGGAUAGGGAUUAUGUGACAAGAAUUCUUGACAGUUGUGGUUUCUAUCCAAUUUCUGGAAUCAAAACUCUGAUUGAUAAGUCGCUCAUAAAUAUUUUCGAUCGUAAUAGAUUGUGGAUGCAUGAUUUGUUACAACAAAUGGGUCAACAAAUUGUCUAUAAAGAGUGUCCCGAAGAGCUCGGAAAACGUAGUAGAUUGUGGAAAGAAGCAGACAUUCGUCAUGUGUUGACAGAAGGCACAGUAAGCAAUUCAAUUUUGUUUUAAUUAAGCAUGUGCACUUUUUCAAUUAUCAUUUGCUUUAACUGGUUAAAUAUAUAUAUAGAGGUGUGAGCUAGUGCAUUAUUAGCACAACAGCUAGCCUCUCCAGAUUACACAUGCAUGUGUAAUUUUUUUUUUUUUUUCUGUAUUUGUUGACCAAUUUAUAGUUCGGUUGAGCAUAUUAAAGUCACUUAUUCCUCAAAAACACUUUUAUUUCCAAAAUUAUAGUUUUGCUUCUAGUUAAUUUUUUUCCCCUUAGUUUAGAUACUUUCGAUAUACAUGAGCACAGUGACAAUGAGAAUAGUACAAUCUAUAA